AUGGGUGGGCACCACAACCGAGCGUUCGAGCGGCACUUUCAGGAGAUGUCCAAGGUGAAGGCGGACAGGCGCGCGCUCCGCGAAGAGAACGAGUGGCUGCGGAGAGAGAACCAGCGACUGAGGGGGCUCUCGGGCGGGGGACGGUUCAACGCGCCGCCGCCGCCGCCGCAGCAGCAGCAGCAGCGGGAAGUCGUCGUGAGUCCGCCGCUGCCGCCGCCGCAGCCGGGAGGAGGGUUCCGAGGAUAG